AUGUUAAAAGACGAUUCUGGAGACUUGAAAAGCUUGACCAUGAACCAAUUGCCGAUAAACCGAUCCUUUCCUACAAUAUCGGAUGAAGCAUCGACAAGCAGCAUAUCUAGGGACGACCGAGAGAAGGGCUCCCACUCAUUGCAGAAGCUUGGCAAAGUCCUGCUUGAAAAGCUAAUGUUCGGUUACUCUCUAGAUGGAGUCAAUCUGGAUCCUGUUCGAAUGGUUGUUGCUGAGUUUGUAGGAACUUUCAUCCUUAUGUUCUGCAUCUGUGGGAUAAUAGCAAUCACCGAGCUCCUUAAAGGCAACGUGGGCCUUCUAGAAUAUGCCGCCACAGUUGGACUGACAGUUGUGAUAGUAGUUUUCGCUAUCGGUCACAUCUCCUGCGCUCAUGUUAAUCCUGCAGUGACCAUCUCCUUUGCGAUCUUCAGUAGCUUCCCAUGGUCCAGGGUCCCACUCUACAUAGUUGCUCAGCUGACAGGUUCAGUCUCGGCAACUUUUGUUGCAGCUGCGGUCUAUGGGGUUGAAACCAACAUCAUGACCACAAGACCAAUCCAUGGAAGUUCCUCUGCCUUCUGGGUGGAGUUCAUCGCCACAUUCAUCAUCGUCUUUUUGGCUGCUUCUGUGUCUUAUAACUAUAAAUCCGUAGGCUAUUUAUCCGGCAUUGUUAUGGGAAUGGCCAUUGCUGUGGCAGUAAUGAUCACAGGGCCUGUUUCCGGGGGAUCGCUGAAUCCUGCGAGGUCUCUGGGACCUGCGAUCGUCUCGUGGGACUUCCACUUCAUGUGGAUUUACGUGGCCGCUCCCAUCAGUGGAGCUAUCACAGGUGCCCUUGCUUACUGCCUUCUCCAGCUGGAGCACAAGCCUGCUGUUUAUAGCCCCGAGUCAUGUCCGAGUGCCAGUUUGCUUGGUUGUGCUUAAUUUAGUCUCCUUUUCGAAGGACUUCAGCUGAACGUGACUAAAUAUACAGAUAAAUCGCUAGAUUUUCUCGGUUCCGAGAAGAUUGAUUGAGCAAGUGAGGGCGUGUUGCAGUUGAAAUCAAAUUUCUCUUUCUUCUAGAAAAUUGUCGCGAGGGAAUUAAUCGUAACAUUUUGAGAUCAUAGAAUUUUUUGUUGAUCAUA